AUGCCUCCUACACAACAGCCAGCGACGGCCUCGACCGGGCCGACGACGGCCGAGGGAUCAACGGGAUUUCAGUUACCAUGGGCGGCUAUUCCGAAGUUUAUUCCUGGAACGACAGAUGUGACGGAGUACAGCAGGAAGCUGGAGUUCCUGGCGGCCAUGUGGCCCAAGGAACACUUGAGUUUGCUCGCCCCACGGGCAGCUCUUCAGGUGGAAGGCACGGCCUUCAAGAAGAUCGCCAGUUUACCGCCAGACAAGCUGAAGAGCAGCGAUGAGUCUGGGAUCAAGCUUCUGGUUUCUACUCUGGGUGGAUCCUGCGGAAAGACAGACCUCGAGGCGAAGUAUGACGUGUUCGAGAAGGCCUUGUACGGCACCGUCCAGAAGCAGGAUGAGACGAACGAUAGUUACUUGGCCAGACAUGAUGUUCACUUCGAGGAGCUGUUGUCGCAGAGCGUGACAUUUGAACAGGUACGUGCCUACAUAUUGUUGCGCCAGUCCCAGCUUACUUCAGAGGAUCGGAAGAAGAUCAUUUUGGAGCUUGGCGGAAGCCUAGACUACAAGAAGGUCUGCUCAUCGAUUCGGCUUUUGGGGUCCCGAUUCUUUGCCGAUCUGCAGGGUCAGAGGGUGGUGAAGUCACGGACCUACGAUGCCAAUGUGGUGGAAGAACCUCCGGAGGAAGGCGAGAAGAUGGUUCCGGCUAUGACGGCAAGCGCUGCCGUCGAAGAGGCCGAAGUGGACCUCGAUGAGGGCUUCAUGGAAGCCAUGCUGGCUUCGGAGGACCAAGACGCCUUGCAGGUUCAGGCAUUCGAGGAGGAGUUGGAAAGCUUCUUCCAGGACACUCCUGAGCUUCAAGAGGCCUUGGUGAGCUACAUGGAAGCACGCAAUCGCUUGCUAGCAAAGAAGAAGUCCCGCUUCUGGCCGAUUGGAGGAAGCAAGGGUGCUCCCAAGGGCGGUCGCAGUUUCAAGGGUGGCGGCAAGGGCAAGGGCAAGCAUCGAGAGCAGCUCCUGGCUCGUAUUGCUCGCUCGAACUGUCGGAUCUGCGGGGAAAAAAGACAUUGGAAAGCGGAAUGUCCCCGCCGCAAGGGAAACCCGAGUAGCGAAGCCACCACGACGGUGGCCGAGGCAUUCAUGGAUGUCUCCCAGGUCGCAGAUCAAGCCGUCACUCAGGAGAUUUUGACCAGCUUGCCAGCUGAUGCCUUGACCUUGGAGGAGGCGCUUUGCACGUACAAUCCUGUGGCGACUCUUGCCCAGCAAGCUAGCCAUGUUGAAGCUAUCCUUGAUACGGGUGCAAGCCGUUGCGUGAUGGGCAAGAGUUUGCUUCAGAAGUUCAUUGGCCAGCUGAGUGAUUCCGUUCGUUCCAAGAUUCGGGUGCAGAAGAGUGCCAUUCGCAUGGCGCAGAGCAGUCAAGAUGUCGAGGCGACGACUUCCCGUGCCCCGACAGCCAGUCUCGGCACUCGUUUGGUCAAGCUGCGAGACCCCACCAUGAGUCUCAGCAUGGCCGAGAUCGAGGCACUCAGCCUCGAAAAGCACGGUGCCUUUCUGGUGAACUUUGGUACCAAAAUGAAGGGCCGCACCUUCAUGGACUGCGUGGAGGAAGGUUCCGACUGGACCAAAUGGUUCGUGGAUCACUACCACGACAGUGGCAAACGGGAACACAAGGUGUUCAUCAACUUCGUGGAAAAAUAUGUGAGCCAGGCGGAGCAGCUCGAGGUCGAGCUACGUGGCGAACCUGCCGUGAUCAAGUCGGACAAGCCUCGCAAGACGAGCAUGUUGAGUCAGGCUGCGCCAAAGGCCCGUGCUCGCGAGGACGGUCCCGAGAUCCCUUGGGAAAUGCUGGAGGAGCCUGCGCUCCAGGACCAAGUGGCGACUCUGAACAGUCGCAUGUCCCAGAUGGAGCAAGUGAUGCAGGAAAUGAUUUCAGCCAUCCGCCAGCUGAAUGCGCUGAUGCAAAGUCAGCCCACGCUGUCUGAGCUUCGCAUGUUCCUGCGAAAGGUGCCGUGGCACCUCUUUGCCGAAAGCACUGCCCGGGCCGCCGUGAUUGCCCCGAAUCCCGCGGCGCAAAUGGCUGCCAAUGCUUGUGCUCAGGCCUACCAACAGGCUGAGGAGGCUGCGUGGAAUGUGUACCAAGACUCCAUGUUGACGUAUUCCCAACCUAGUGUUCGAGCGCUAGGUGGCCUGGCCCAGCGCUUCACUCUAGGUGAAGGAGAUCUAGAAACGGCUGAAGGGGAAGGCAUAGCUAGGAAGGCUAGGAGGAAGGAGUCCAGCGCAGCAUCCCCUUCGGCGUCUGUGCAAGCGCCGGAAGUCCUGCCUGAUGCACAGCGGCAGUCCAUUUUUGAGUCAGCCGUGGAGCAUGCUGUCAAGGAGCGGUUUCCUGAUCUUGGGAUUCUUCAGGUUUUUGUGGGAAAGGGAUGUAGACAGCUCCAAUAUCCGCUUGGUGCCCUGCCUCCGACAGACCGCACCACGAUGCCCGGCACCAGCAAGCGAGCCCGGAUUCCUGCCGCCGAGUCCCAAAACCCGACAUGGAAGGAUGGGCGCCUCCACCAGUUCCACUUCAUGGGUCACCCAGAUCCCAAGAAGCUUUCCGAGCACCUGCGCGCCGCUGGCGAAGACAAGCAGCUCGUCGAAGCAGCGUUGGAUUAUCAGUGUGCGGGUUAUCGAGCCUAUGUUGUUCACGUGCUUGACGAAUCCAGCUGCUUCCACCUGGGAACCCCUAAGCUUGUGUAUGUUGACCCAGCCGGGGAAUUUCGAUCGGAAGCCACCUUGGAAGCCUUUCAGCGCCAAAACAUCAAAACCUUUGUCACCGCGGCUGCUUGGCAAAGGGGUCGAGUCGAGCGCCACGGCGAUAUCGUAAAGAGCAUGUUGAGCCGACUAGAUAAAGAAUCCCCAAUCACCAACGAUAGUUCGCUUGAUCAGGCACUUCAUCAGGUCUUCAAUGCUAAGAACGCUUUGGUCCGUCAUAAAGGCUAUGCUCCAGAACAGAUUGUCUUGGGAAGGUCUGUUCGCAUCCCCGGAAGUAUCACUUCCGACGAGGAGUGGAGUUCUCACGCACUGACCGAAGGUGAUGAUCUUGAAGCCGAGGCCCACCGAAGACGAUUGGACCUGCGGUGUAGGGCUCGACAAGCCUUCUUCGAAGCCGACAACUGCCAAACAAUCCGGAGGGCCAUGUUGAGGCGUAGUCAUCCGGUAGGUGGCACGGUCCGGCCAAGGUCAUCUGCCAAGAAGGGUUCCCUGAGGGAGUGGCAGAGCCUCUCGACGUCCGUGUCAAAUUCCGAGACUGUUUCUCGAGUUGGAGGCGCCAGUACCUUUGUUGACCUCACGAUCCCCAAUCCAGAAAUCACCGCGAUACCCAACUCCUCGAUGAAUGCCUCACCCUCAGGAUCUCCCGAACUGGCUGUUUUGUCACCAGUUCCUGUGUCUGGCGCGCCCGCCGCUCAGGGAACUGGAGAAGGCGAUAACGACAUUGCUCAACCCGAGCAAGAGCUUACGCCUCAAGUGAGCAUUCAGACGGAAGCUCCAGUUUCCCUUGAUGCGCCAGAAGUUGAGCGCGAUGCCGCAGCUCCUUCUGAUUCCGUGCAGCCGACCGUAGAGUAUAGUGAACCUGGACAGCUUGAUGCAGCAAGCAUCCCUGUGCCCGACAGUGAGGAGGGUCUUUACACUGAGACAGCCCUGUUAGCUAGUCACCAGUUGGGUGUUCAGGACUCUCAGGGAGAGGAAAUCAUGGAUUUCACAACGCUUCAGACUAGCGACGACUUUCAGGGUCCCCCGCUUGCCGAAGAUAAUUUUCCAUAUGUCGAAGACCUAAAGCGUUGGGCAUCCGAAGCAGCGCCCGAGCAGCUUGAGGUAAAGCUGUUUGAACAGGCAAAGGCUAAAGAGUUGCAAUGCUGGGAACUCCGUCAGCUUCUCCAAAUGAAAGAUGACGAAGUCUGCCAGUUGCUGGGGAAUGCGUACGGGAGAGUUGAUGCUCCUUUGCUGUUCUACAAAGAGCUAUCUAAGCAGCUUGAAGCCCUCGGGUUCAUUAGGCAUCCUCUUGAGCCGUGUGUUUUUCUUCUGUACACCCAAGGGAAGCUAAAUGGCAUUUUGGGAGUUCAUGUUGAUGACGGGGCUUGCGGAGGGGAUGCCGUCUUCCUAGAUAAAAUUCAGACUCUGCAGAAAACCUUGCCCUUCGGUAGCCGAAAGUUUCGAGAUUUCGUGUUCACCGGUAUUCGACUUGAGCAAAUGCCUGAUUUCACGAUCCGUGCCUCACAGGGCGAAUACAUCCGUCAAGUGUUGCCCAUUGAUGUAGGUCGUAAUCGAAGGCAGAACCCAGAAUCCCCGGCCACCGAAGAGGAGCGCUCCAAGCUGCGUGGUUUUGUUGGAAGCGUUCAAUACGCGGUCACCCAUACGAGGCCUGACAUAGCCGCUAAACUAGGGGAAAUCCAAAGCCAAAUCACAACAGCAACUGUGCAGACGCUGCUGACUGCAAAUCGCGUUUUACGGGAGGCCCAAGAGUUCGAUCAGGUCUGCGUACACUUUCUUUCGAUACCGGCAGAUCAGCUAACUUUCGUCUCUUUUGGAGAUGCGUCCUUCGCCUCCUCGAAGAAUCUUAAUUCCCAUCAGGGUGUUCUUGUAUGCGCCACAAAUGGUCAGCUCAGUAAAAACCAGGAAGCCCCAGUGUCUCCUCUUGCUUGGGUUUCUAAGAAAAUACCCCGAGUGGUCCGAUCAACCCUGUCAGCCGAAGCUUACGCGAUGUCAAAGGCCGUUGAUCUUUUGGGAUGGCUCCGUGCACUGUGGGGAGUGGUCCAUGUGCCUCAUUUCGAUUGGCGACAACCUGAAAAGAGCUAUAAGCUGCUGAAUACUGCUCUCGUAGUGACAGACUGCAAAUCCCUCUUUGAUCUCGUGACCAGAUUAGCCAUGCCAUCCUGUGAGGAACAUCGCACGACGUUGGAAGUGCUCUUGAUUAAGCAGCGUUGCGCAGAGAACGCUCAGUUCCGGUGGAUCCCCACCACAUUGCAGGUAGCAGACAGUUUGACUAAGAAUAUGGAUCCAUCCUUGCUUCGGACAGUCCUUGCGCAAGGCCGUUUUCGCUUGUUCGAUACCUCAGAAUCCCUAGCAAGAGAUGCCCAACGCCGGAAAGCCAUUGAGUGGCUCCAACAGCCUUCAGCCGCUUCCUCCCGACCCUAA